CUCUCUUUUGACACAUUAUCCAAAAUGACUCAUAUAAGAUCGGGAGCUUAUCAGACCCCACUUGUGCUACGAUACAAUGAGAGACACUAGUAGAGCUUUCUUUUAUUUGUAAAAAUCCAAUUUUUCCAAGCCACGAGCUUUGAUCCCUCACAAGUCCCAAUCAGAGAAAAAUAGCCAAACCCUCCUCUUCCUCUGAGCGUCAACAAUCUAUCCACAGAUUGCAGCAGCUCCUGAUGAUUUUAACCUCAAACCAAGGUUCCCCACGAAUCAAAGAGAGGAAAACAAGAAAGAAAGAAAACAAUGGCAGCUGUUGCUGCAGCAAUCUCUCCAAACUCUGCAUUUAAGCAGAACUCCCCCUCAUUUUCGAGUGCAAGCAAUCAAUUUGUCGGUGGAUUCUCAAAAAAAUUCAAUUUUGAUCAGAAAUUUGGAGGAAGAAAGAGGGAUUUGGUGCCUUUGGUGGUUGCUUCUGCAAGUGAGAGUAGUCUCAGGAGUGGAGAUGGGAGGUUUUACUUCAAUUUCACGGGAUUUCCUUUCCCACUUGGGCCAUUUCUUAACAGGCAAACAAUAAGAACUGAGGCGGUCAAAGAUAGCAUAUGGCUCUUUGAGCAAGAGCAAGCUUUGGGAUUCAGCAGUGUCUCAACAAAUAUCCGGAUGACAGUUGUUAAACUAAAAUCUGGAGGGUUAUGGGUCCAUGCACCUAUUGCACCAACAAAAGAAUGCAUUCAGCUUAUAAAGGAGUUGGAUGCUCCCGUUGAACACAUUGUUCUCCCUACAUUUGCAUAUGAACAUAAAAUCUUCGUUGGGCCAUUUUCAAGGAAAUUCCCACGAGCGCAGAUUUGGGUAGCCCCAAGGCAGUGGAGUUGGCCAAUCAAUUUGCCUCUUGAGUUCUUUGGAAUUUUUCGUUCGAAAGCUCUAAGGAAUGAGGAUGAUUCCACUCCAUGGGCCAAUGAGAUUGAACAAAAAGUUCUGAGUUCACCAGAAGUUGGGAUUGGACCAUAUGUGGAAGUGGCAUUUUAUCAUAAACGUUCUCGAACAUUGUUAGUAACCGAUGCUGUAAUAUUUGUUCCGAGGCAGCCACCGGAAUGCAUUAGUAAAGAAUCAUUAUUAGCUUCUGCAAAGAAUGGUCUAGCAGUGAAAAUCCUCAGCAAAGGAAAGGAAGUCCCUGAGGAGCCUGUAGUCGACAAUAAAAUGAACCGUCAAAAAGGGUGGGAGAGGAUGGUUCUCCAAAUACUGUUCCUGGGUCCAUCAAAUUUGCUGGAGCCCACCGCCAGUUUUGAUCAGAUGUCAAGAAAGUUGAUUGUUUCACCUAUCGUCAAGACACUGGUUUUCAGCAAAGUCCCUGAAAAGGUGGGUGCCACUUGUCAUCAAAUUUCAAUACUUCAUUGUUUCUUUCCUGCAUACCAUAUAUUUCAUUAAAUAUUACUGUAUCAAACUUAGCAUUGUGUAGUACCUAUUAUCUGGUCAAAUCUCUCCUCUGAAAUAUGUAGCUGUUUGGGUUAUGACCUAAACUAGUAACUUGGAAUGCAGUGAGUUUUGGGGGGAAAAAGGAAAACUAAUGGCCCAUUCAAGAAUAAAAUGCUCU